AUGAAAAUGACAUUAUUACGAACUGGUCUAAGAUUUGUAAUUUCUAACAAAUGUUUUGAAAAAAGAGCAAUUUCUACUUUAUACCAUGGAAUUCCAGAAAAACAAAAUAUUCAACACUAUAAACAGUAUUAUAAAAUAGCCCAGCGUACGUACGGUAAAAGAAGCAUGUACCAAACGAGUAUUUCAACUUCUAUAAACGAACAAGAUACUGAUAACGAUUCGGAUAGCGAACAAGAAAAAGGACAAUCAUUUUUUUGGAGAAGAAAAAUGCGAACAUUACAUAGUCAUCUGGAUGUUAAUAAAGAUGGGGUUAUCAGUUAUGACGAUUUUAUGUUGCUUGGAGACCGAUUUUCUGACUUAGGACACUUAACUUUAGAAGCUAAAACUGAAUUUAAAAAAGUAUUAAAUGAAAUGUGGGAGGAGCAGUGGGGAGAAAUUAGCCCCUAUAAUCUCAUUUGCGUAGAAAAAUAUCUAGAAGAAAUGCAACAUGUUCUUAAUGACACAUCAUUAAAAAAAAAGUGUCAUCACUUUUUACCAUUUUUAUUCAAAGCAGUUGACAAAGAUCAAAGUGGUGAAAUUUCUGUACAAGAAUUUAAAUUAUUUUUCCAGUGUUUAGAUCUUACACACGAUGAUGCAAUUAUUUCCUUCAGUCAUAUUGAUACUAAUGAUGAUGGUAAAAUUAGCUUUGAAGAAUUUAUAACAUUGGGCCGUGAGUUUUUCAUAACAGAAGAUCCAACAAAACCCAGUAAAUAUUUCUGGGGUCCAUUAGUGGAUUAGAUUUCUUAUUGCGACC